UUAUAGGCUAAAUUGUUUUGUAACCAUUUGGUUAGUUUUUGAGGAUUAAAACCUAUAAACAUCACUUUAACCUUUAUCUUCCAAAACAAACCAAAUUUUGAUGUUUUUAGAAUUUGGCCAAGUUUUCAAGUCUUGUACUUGAGAAACGAUACAAACUAAUGUAACAAAAUGUGAGGAAAUAAACUUACGAGAUCUAAAUGGAUGCUAGGUGGGGUCUUAGAAUGUAAACGUGGAUUUCAUUCCAUUGAGCUACAUGACAAAGGGAAAAGUAAAAGGUUGAACUUUAAAAAAAAGCAAAAAAAGAUGAAGGGGUUGGUCAUAUGAUGCGAUCCAGAAUCAACUAUGAUUAGUUUAACACUUUCUGUUGAAAUAAAAAAAACAUUAAGUUGUAGAUUUGUUUAUUUAGAAAUUGUGUCCUUCCAUUUCUUUCACUUUCAACAUGCUUGGAGACAGCUUUAAUGGGUGGACUUUUGUGGGGAAGGGAAAUCAAACCUGCUUUUAUGGGGACUUUUGCAGAUGAACUGCUCGUUCAAUGUUCUUUUGUCUAUAGUGGCAUGAAAACGAGCUGCUUUCUAUUGAUUGGUACGUGGAGGAUUUCUUCUGCUUGCUGACUGGAAGUUUCCGACUGCUUUAUGCUGUUCUAGUUUGUCAUGGGAUGCUAUCAUUCAAAGAAACCUAAAUCUCAAGGGUACGAGGAUCCCACUGUUCUUGCUGCAGAAACACCUUUUACAGUGAGCGAGGUAGAGGCAUUGUAUGAGCUUUUCAAGAAGCUGAGCAGCUCAAUUAUUAAUGAUGGGUUGAUCCAUAGGGAAGAAUUUCAGCUUGCAUUGUUCAGAAAUAGAAAUAUGAAAAACCUAUUUGCAGAUAGAAUUUUUGAUUUAUUUGACGUGAAGCGCAAUGGGGUUAUUGAAUUUGGGGAGUUUGUCAGAUCAUUAGGCAUCUUCCAUCCUAAUGCAUCUAUUAAAGACAAAAUUACAUUUGCUUUUAGGCUAUAUGAUUUGAGGCAGACAGGGUUUAUAGAGCAAGAAGAGUUGAAGGAAAUGGUUUUGGCACUUCUUCAUGAAUCGGAGUUGACUCUUUCAGAUGAUGUCAUUGAAACAAUUGUGGAAAAGACAUUUAAUGAAGCAGACAUGAACGGUGAUGGAAAGAUUGACCAAGAAGAGUGGAGGGAGUUUGUGAUGAAGUAUCCAUCAUUGAUCAAGAACAUGACAUUACCAUAUCUAAAGGAUAUAACCAUGGCAUUCCCAAGUUUUGUUGCAAGUACAGAAGUUGAAGAUUCGGAGAUUUAGUAGACUUUCAUCAAUCCAACAAGUUUCUGUGGUUCAACAAGAAUGCCUACAACGACAAUCGAGAGAUACAGAGAUUGCUCCCCCUAAAGAAGGCCUGUCAAUUGGUGAACUCUGUGGUCAUUUCACUCCAAUAGUCCAUCUGUUUUCCAGAAGCCAAUUGCAAACAGAAUUGUCGGUCGUUCGGGCUCAAUCCAAAUGAUAUGGUUUUGCAGGAAUAGAAUCAGGUAUUCUCUAGAAUGUAUGUUGGCAAGCCAAACCCCCACGUUUGGGAAGACCUGAGUUAUUCAUUGUAGAUAAUCUCUAGAGUUUCAUUAUGUGCAUACAAAUGUUGAAACUUUGACUAUAGGCUGUUGUACUAUCAAGAGUUUAUAUAUUCAUGAGUUCGAAGUAUACAAUAAUAACUUAAUAGUUUAAACUUUGAGGCCACAGCAAUUCUUUUUUAAAGAAAAUCACAACAUAAUACUGUUGACAAAUAAUGAUGUAUACACAAAUCCUAUUUUGUUGGUGAACGGUGUAAUAGAAAUAUACUACAUUCUGAUGUU